UCGUCUGUGUUGUGUGCACGCGCAGCGCACUCCCGUGUCGCUUGCAGUGACUCAGUGGAAGGGUUUACGUUAAACAGUUCUCUCCGGAUCCAAGCGUCAUCUCAACGGCCAAAACAUGUCCAAACUGGAGCAGAUCCUAAUCCUAGACCCUCCUGCAGACCUGAGGUUCAGAGGUCCUUUCACAGAUGUGGUCACGGCCAACCUGAAGCUGAAGAACCCGUCAGAGAGGAAAGUGUGUUUUAAAGUGAAGACCACAGCGCCGCGCAGGUACUGCGUCCGGCCGAACAGCGGCAUCAUCGACCCCGGGGCCACGGUCAUCAUCUCAGUGAUGCUGCAGCCGUUUGAGUACGACCCGAACGAGAAGAGCAAACACAAGUUCAUGGUGCAGACCAUCUUCGCCCCCGCAGCCGCCACAGACAUAGAAGCUGUGUGGAAAGAUGUGAAACCCGAUGAUCUCAUGGAUUCCAAACUCAGAUGUGUCUUCGAGCUGCCGUCUGAAAACGAUAAAGUGAGCGACGUUGAGUCUAAACCAGCGCCGGUUCUGAACUCCUCUAAAGCAGACGGGCCGGUGUCAGUGAACGACUCGGAGAAGAAGAAGAUGAUGGAGGAGUGUAAGCGCUUGCAGACGGAGGUCAGCAAGCUCAACGAUGAGAAUCGCCAGCUCAAGGACGAGGGUCUGAGGCUGAGGAGGUCCCAGCGCAGCGAGCACCUCACGAGUAACUCCAGCUCUGCUCUGGGUCUGGAGUCCAGGGCUGGAUCUCUUCCCUCGCUGCUGGUGGUCAUCGCUGCCAUCUUCAUCGGGUUCUUCCUCGGCAAGUUCAUCCUGUAGAGUCAGAGACCCCCGUCUCUCUUUGUUUGGGUUCAUUUGCUGUUUUCUGUUGAGGGCCAGACGGAUGUUAGAGCCAUGAACUGCUUCUGAAAGUCUUCCCCUCAAACGCGUUUCGUUUCACUCAAACUCGAUGGAAAGUGUAAAUGUGGUUUUAAUGGUUCGUCCAGACGAAGGAAGAGCUUCGGACCUUCACCAGAGACACAGGUGCCUCCUCCUGUACAUUCGUUCUGUUCCUAACAACUCCAACGCAGACUGUUUUAUUACUGUAAUUAUCAUUUAUUAAUUAUAUUAUUAAUGUACUUUCUGUCAGAGCAGCAUUUAUCCACACUUUAGUGUCUCAUACUAGAUGACAUUGAAGAAAUAAAAGAAAAAACCUGAA